AUGGACAUUAUUGGUCCUUUUGUACCUCCAUCUUUAGUAGGAUAUCGAUACAUCCUAGCUGCAACUGACUAUUUUUCAAAAUGGGCAGAGGCCGUGGCUUUAAAGGAUAUAAAAAGCACAGUUGUCUCUGAGUUCAUUCGAACCCAUAUCAUUUACAGGUUCGGGAUUCCAGAAAGUAUCAUCAUGGAUAAUGGACAGCCAUUCAGGAGUGAUGCUUUGAACAAGUUAUUUGCCAAGUACAAAAUUAAAAACAACCAUUCAUCAAGAUAUCAUGCACCUGCCAAUGGUUUCGCAGAAGCUUUUAACAAGACAUUGUGCAAAAUUCUUAAGAAGAUGGUGGAUAAGAACAAAAAAGCUUGGCACGAAAAGUUACAAGAAGCUUUGUGGGCUUAUCGGACUUCGCACAGAACUCCUACUCAAGCAACUCCUUAUUCGUUGGUUUUUGGAGAAGCAGUGUUACCACUUGAGGUUCAAAUACCAUCAUUACGAGUGGCAAUACAAGAGUCCUUAACAGAAGAUGAAAGUGCAAGAGUGAAGUUGGCUGAGCUGGAGACCCUGAAUGAAAGAAGGUUGUAUGCUCAACAAAACUUGGAAAUUUACCAACAAAGGAUGGCAAAUGCAUUCAAUAAAAGAGUGAGGCUUCGUUCCUUUAAAAAGGGAGACUUGGUACUAAUGGUUAGAACACCCAUAGUAGUCUCACGAAGAACCAAAGGAAAGCUUGAGCCCAAAUGGGAAGGACCUUAUGUGAUUGAGAAGGUUUACUCUAAUGGGGCCUAUUUGUUGAUAACGAUGGAUGGUGACAGAAUCAUUCCCCCAACCAAUGCAAGGUUCUUGAAAAGAUAUUACCCUUAA